UAACCUUGGGCACAAUAUGACUUUUUGACAGAUAUCCGUGCAAGCCAUGCAGAAAUUGUAUGUAAACAAAGUAGAGUUUGUGAUUACGUUCGAUUUUCGGUGGAUUACACACUUGUUAAAAUAGUUUGGCAAAUUAUUUGCGCUUUCUUAAAAAAAAGAAAUGGACGAAGACGAGGAAACACUCUGCAGAUAUGGAACGGCCCUACCAGCUUUUGAAGAAGAUGCGGUACCGUCAAAAAAGCCGAUCACGGUGGAGGAUCAAAUUGUGCUGGAUAGCAAUGGCAAGCGACGUUUUCAUGGCGCUUUUACCGGGGGCUUUUCUGCCGGCUACUGGAAUACUGUUGGCUCAGAAGAAGGCUGGAAACCGACGGAGUUUAAAAGCUCCCGAACGGAGAAAUCGUCCAUGGCUCGGCAGCAAAAUCCGAUGGAUUUUAUGGACGAAGAAGACUUGGGCGAGUUUGGAAUAGCACCGCAGCGUGUACAGGCUAAGGAAGACUUUGCCCACUCCAGUGCCAGUGCUCGGUCGAACAAGCGAAGGCUGGAGUUGAGCUUUUCGAAAGGUCCCAUACCGGGCCAGCCAGUGCUGCGAGCCUUGCUCGAACCGGCAAAGGAAAAGACAGCAGUAAAAAUUCUGAAGAAAAUGGGCUGGCGUGAAGGUCAAGGGAUUGGUGAACGGCAAACGAAAGGGGAGAAAAGACGAGCCAAUGUACGGUCCAGCAAGGAGCAGUAUAUUAUGAAAAUGUAUGGCUGCGAAAUACCGGGCCGGUCGGGGCAAAAUAACGACACAGAAAACGAUCGAACUGAUGUUAGCGAUAGUUCCGAUAGUGAUUACGAAAUAACGUUCGCACCGGAUGAUUUUGAUCCUUUGGUAGCUGCGCUGAAGGAUAAUACCUUCGGUCUCGGUUACAGCGGACUGGACCGAGGUGAAUCUUCCAAAGCGUUUCGGCUGUUCGAUACGCUCGAGGUGGUCGAUAGGAAUAACAAAAAGCUUUCCAUACGUGGCCAAGCGUUCGGAAUAGGUGCGCUAGAAGAUGAUGACGACCUGGAUGUGUACGCUCGGGACGAUAUGGCGCGAUACGAUUUUUCGCUCGACGACAAAACCAAACCGAAGCGUGCGAUCGAGGGAAAGAAAUCUGGCAACGAAACAAACACGCUGGAGGGAUUCGGUGCUGCCAGCAACGCUCGUAAGCUAGCAAAAAAAGUGUUCCGCGUCGAAGUACCCGAUAGUUUCAGGCCGCGUAACUGGGAAGAACGCAGAUCCCGGUUCGAUCCUAUCGAUGAGGAACGUGCCAGGAAAAUACAGCAGGAAAAUGAACAUAAAAUUAAAGGUCUCGGAAGACACGACCUUGACCCGAAGGAACGGGGUGCAAUUCUAGGUGAAAAGCCAACUGCCAGUAAUCCGCUGUUGGAGAUGAUUAACAAACAAAGUACCAAUUUUGUACGACGAGAAGUUAUGAAUGAGGAGAAAGAAUCCUCAUCUGGCGAUAAGAAAGCGUGUAAUGAGGGCGAUGGAACUACGAGUGGAAGCGGCACGAAACAACAACCCGCUUCGAUCAUUCCGUCUGGAUUGGUGCACCAACCAAGCGCGCUACAGCGACAAUACGUCGGUUCCACAAAGGAAGGUUUCAAACCCUUUAUUGCGAUGCCCGAAAAGCAGGAGCGUUAUGAACGAUUUCUCGCUUUCCAGCCAACCGAGCGUUACCUAACCCGGGAACAGUACCUCGAAUCGUUGCAACCGUUAAAUCUGUCGGCGUGGGAUCGAGAACGAGAACGGAAGGAAUUCAUGCAGGCCGAACGCAUGUAUCGACCCCUGGACGGACUUAUGUCCGAACGGUUCGUCACGGCGUCGAGCUUGAUAGCGGAUAAAACCAUCCCGGCCGAUGGGGAAGAGGGAAAAGUGCGUGAAAUUCGUAUGCAGCGAACACGAGUAAUGUGGAAACCGCACAAAGACAUCUGCAAACGGUUCAACGUCCCGGAACCGUUCGGCGGAAUGAUGGCAGACGAAGCAGAUGUCGCAGAAAAACGGCGCAAAGAAAGGGGGAAAUUUUCCGUGUUCGAUUACUUGGAGGCUCCCGUCACUAAUAGGCGCGAUUUCGUAACUCCCACCGUUAUACCAAACGUUGUACAGGCAGAUGCAACGGGGCGACCGCAUGCAGCCGUUGCAGCAGUAGUCGAUCAAACCAACGAAACAAGACCGGGGGGCACUAGCGUCCGAAUUUCUUCGAAAGAUAUUUUCUCCAUGGAAAGUUCCCCGAACACACUACCGGAUGACCGCAGGGAGGAUGCUAAGGAGGAACCUACAAAAUCUGCCCAAUCUUCCCGUGCGGUAGUACCGAAAAAGACAGAAAAGAAACCGACGACAGCGCUUGAGGCAAAAGUCCUGGAAGCAACGAAUAAGAAACCAGAAGAGAAGCGUGAUCUUUUCAAAUCCAUCUUUUGCAGCAGUGACGACGAAGAACAGGACGAAGCUGAUCAGCUGCAACAGCCCAAAGUGGACGACAAACCACCUUCGGCCGGACAGAGUGGACCGUUAACGGAUGCGGAAAAGCUUAAAAUGGUGGACAGCUUCGUUGCAAUCAAGCCCGCCAGUCAGCUGAACAUUUUGCGCAACAAUUCUCCUCCGAGGGGAAUUUUUAAAAAUUUAUUCGAGUUCAAAAAGCCACAAAAUGACAAUGGAGAUGCUUCCAAACGGGACGGCGCUUUGCAGUGCUCAUCCAGGGCAGAGAAGCCAACGAAUCUUGUAGGCGAUGAUGAUCAAACGAAAGUGCUUACCGAUUCAUCAAGCGAUUCAGAACCGGAUAGUGCAUCCGAUUCCGACGAACCGGAAUAUUACGGUCCAAAGCUACCUUCACCGAAGGGCGCGCCAAAUCCUCGCACUGAAGACGCGGCGGCAGUGAGCCCACCGCAAAGUGCUGGCGUUCAGAAAAAAUCCGAAAAAUUUACCGAAAUUUGGAUCGAAAAAGAGUCGUCUACGAGCAAGGCAAAGAAGAAGAAAAAACACAAACAUCAUCAGCACAAAGGCAAAGCGAAAACGAAACAUAAAAAGGACAAGAAGAGGAGUAGUCACAGCAAGCGCAAAAGUAAGCAUUAAUGAAAUGAAAUAAAAUACCUACCUUGCAACGUUGAAUUUUCUUUCACCCUUCUCGAACGAGCUGAUGCACCAGCGGUUGUUUUGUAUGUCUUGCAAUAUUGUUCAUCUAAAGUUUUCGUUUUAUUGCGUCAUUGUUUAAAUUCGACAUUUAAAAAAACAUUGGUAGGGCUAAAACAUAGGCAAACCUAAGACACAUACUCCUAAUUCGCGUAAAAGAAUCUGCUGGUUCAUCGCGCAAUAUUCACCCCCCUCCUCGAUUACCUUGAACAAGAGAAAACCUCCUGCCUGUUUGUGAAAAGCGAGCCAACUUCCGAUCCAACAAUUGAUUAUCAUCUGGCUACGUGGUAUACAUAAGUCUCGUAAGCCAGUGCUCCGUUUGUGUUGGCUCUAAUACCACUAUCAAUGCUAGGCGGCUUCAAUUUUAUCCUUCUAUUGCUAACGGAUUGAGUAGCUCGAACUAGGCAGAAGAAAGUAUCAGAACAGAGAACCGUUUAAAAACGCAACUUAAAACAAGCAGUGCUCUCCUUACGAAGCUCGUGCUAACACUUUAAUCGGAUGUUUACUUUGAACUUAAUUUUUGGAAAAAAUUUAAACAAUCCGCACGCUUUCCGUGUGUUGGUCACAGAAUAGCGCAACUAUCUUUUUUUUUUACAAUCAGUCAUAGUUGUCGCGUACCAGGAGGAGUUGGACAAAUGGCAGUGAUUGGAGCUUGAACACGGCAUGUACCUUCUGCUUUCCUUCCUCCCUUUCCUAUCUCUCAUUCGGACACACACACACACCAUCCACUUGCUAGUUGGCUGUAGGCGUCCUACAAUAACUCCAUACCGAUUGAUUACCAUAGACGACAACGAGCGAGAGAGAGAGAGAGAAGGAGACGAAAAGGAGGCGGCUAAUGAUGGCUAAGGAAAGACAACGAAGGGUGAAAGAAUGUCACGAAUUGUUGCUGUAACUGUGUCCGCCCAUUGUCCUUCCGAGGUAUAUGUGCAUAUUGUUUUUUAGUCUUUCACGCGAUGAGUCGCGCGCACUCCUCACCAAAGACACAACCCACUAUGCCUUAACUACAACUAUACGUUUCUUCAACUAUUUUCACUACUUCCCGAGAAAUAUUCCUGCAUAAGUUUGUUUUCAUAUGUGCCUAAUUAUUAUGUAUUUCCUGUGUAAAAAAAAAA